UUUAGGGACUGAAUCCUUCCACCAGCAAUCCGUGCGCCCGGCUCUCUCUCUCUCUCCCUCUCUCCCUUUCCCUUUCCCUCCAUCCAUCCUUGGAAAUCACUCCAAGGAAACUCGGGGAGGAUUUUCCUCCCUGGGAAAAUGGACUCAGAGAACCCACUUCCAUCGCAAAGGAAGCCCGCUGAGCUCGGGAGCUUCUUUCCCCCUUCGGCCCGUCCGAGGAGGCCGUUGGCUCCGCCAACCUGGCUGCCGAGGCUCUGUGGGCGGGGAUGGAGAGGAAAAGGGGGCGACGGCGCUGACUUCCCGCCCCGUUUCCUCGGCGGGGCUGCGGGGAAAGUUCCUUGAGGCGGCGGGGCUUGCAAAGGGGACAAUGGCGGGCGCGGGGGGCGGCGGCGGCGGUGGCCGCGCUGGACUUUGUCCCCCGGGCGGCCUUGAGCAGCUGGAACUGGGGCAGCUCGGACAGCCUCCUGGCUCGCCUUCGCCGCCGCUUUCCUCUUGCUCGAGGCAGGCCUGGAGCCGGGACAACCCGGUUUUUGAACCCGAGGAGGAAGACCCGGCCAGGGUGGCGACGGCUAUAGCCGGGCCGGUGUUGAGGAUGGACGUGGAGUGGGGCCGGGGCGAAGCGGCCUCGCCGACGCCCGGCGCUCGAAGCGGAGACGCCGCGCAAGGGAGGCAGCGGCGGCGCAGGCGGAGGGGCGAUGAGGAAGAGGAGGAGGAGGAAGAAGACGGAGGGGAACGGGGCCGUCCCUUCCCCGCGGGCGCAGGAGCGGGAGACGCCCUGCCCGCGCGCUUCGCUCCCGAAGAGGGCAACGGCGAGGCCGCGGAGCCCCCGCCGCACCGGAUCGCUUGGGCCAAAGGGUUGGCGAGCCGACUGCGAGGUCUGUGGGGUACUCGGCUCAUGGAAGAAACUACAACUCGAGAGAAAUACUUGAAAAGUGUUUUGCGUGAGCUAAUAACAUAUUUGAUUUUUCUUGUGGUCCUAUCAGUCUUAUCUUACGGAAUGGUGAAUUCUAACAUUUACUACUACACAAGAGUAAUGUCCCAGCUCUUUCUCGACACACCAGUAUCAAAGAUGGAGAAGACCAAUUUCAGAUCUUUGUCCACUAUGGAAGAUUUCUGGAAGUUCUCUGAGGGUCCGUUGUUGGAUGGACUGUACUGGGAGAUGUGGUACAAUAAUAAAACAGUAGCAGAAAACAGAAGUUUCAUCUACCAUGAGAAUCUGCUUUUAGGAGUGCCUCGUAUCCGGCAGCUAAAAGUGAGGAAUGCCUCAUGUUCAAUACCUGAAGAUUUAAAAGAUGAAAUAAAAGACUGUUACGAUGUUUACUCGGUGACUAAUGAAGACACUGCUCCGUUUGGGCUCCGUAAUGGGACAGCUUGGACGUACACCAGUGAAAAAGACUUGAAUGGAAGCAGCCACUGGGGUUUGAUUGCCACGUACAGUGGAUCUGGCUAUUACCAGGACCUUUCGAAAAGCAAAGAAGACACUUCUGCCUUGAUUGCUGUCCUUAAGAACAACUUGUGGCUUGACAGAGGCACAAGGGCAGUAUUUUUCGACUUUUCAGUCUACAAUGCAAAUAUCAAUCUCUUCUGCAUUGUCAGGUUAUUGGUGGAAUUCCCACCCACUGGAGGUCUCCUGACAUCCUGGCAAUUCCAGCCCGUGAAGUUAAUCCACUACAUUUCCACUUUCGACUUCUUCUUGGCUGCUUGUGAAAUUGUGUUUUGCCUCUUUGUUAUUUAUUAUGUGGUGGAAGAAAUCCUGGAAAUUCACAUUCACAGGUUGUUCUAUUUUAGGAGUCUUUGGAACUGUCUCGAUGUUCUCAUUAUCACACUAUCAUUGGCAGCUAUUGGCUUGAAUAUCUAUCAAAUAUCUACUGUGGAUAAGCUACUGAAGAAACUGCUGGAAGAUCAAAAUAGCUUCCCCAAUUUUGAACCUUUAGCAUACUGGCAAAUCCAGUUCAACAAUGUUGUAGCUGUUACCUUGUUUUUUGUCUGGAUAAAGCUUUUCAAAUUUAUCAGCUUCAACCAAACCAUGAACCAGUUGUCAACAACCAUGUCAAGAUGCGCCAAAGAUGUUCUUGGCUUUGGAAUUAUGUUUUUCAUCAUCUUCUUAGCUUAUGCUCAGCUAGCUUACCUUGUCUUUGGGACACAAGUUAAUGAUUUCAGUACUUUCCAGGACAGCGUCUUUACUCAGUUCCGCAUCCUGCUGGGAGAUUUUGACUUUACAGAGGUUGAAGAAACUAACAGGAUCUUAGGACCCGUUUAUUUCACUUCAUUUGUGUUCUUUAUGCUCUUCAUUCUUUUGAACAUGUUUUUGGCCAUAAUCAACGACACAUAUUCAGAAGUCAAAGCUGAUAUGAUACAGCAGAAAUCGGAAAUGGAACUUUCAGAUCUUAUUAAGAAGGGAUACACCAAAGCCAUGGUGAAAUUAAAAUUGAAAAAAACACCCGUCGAUGACAUUUCAGAGAGUCUGCGUCAUUGUGGAGGCAAAUUAAAUUUUGAUGAACUGCGGCAAAACCUAAAGGGAAAGGGACGUACGGAUGCUGAGAUUGAAGCCAUCUUUACAAAGUAUGAUCAAGAUGGAGAUCAAGAAUUGACUGAGUUGGAGCAUCAACAAAUGAGAGAUGAUUUAGAGAAAGAGAGGGAGGACUUAGAGCUAGACAGAAGUUCUCUAAACCGUCCACUCAGUGGCCGUAGCUUUCCACGAAGCCUCGAUGAUUCGGAAGAAGAUGAUGAUGAUGACAGUGGACACAGCUCCAGAAGAAGAGGCAGCAGCUCAAGUGGUGUCUCAUACGAAGAGUUUCAAGUUUUGGUCCGCCGAGUGGAUCGCAUGGAACAUUCCAUAGGCAGCAUUGUAUCCAAGAUUGAUGCUGUCAUAGUCAAGCUGGAAACUAUGGAGAGAGUUAAAUUGAAGAGGAAAGAGGUCUUGGGCAGGCUGCUUGAUGGAGUUGCAGAGGAUGAAAGGCUGGGUUGUGAGAAUGACGCGCACAGGGAUCAGAUGGAGAGGCUUGUACGAGAAGAACUGGAACACUGGGAAUCUGAUGAUGCUGCUUCCCAAGUAAGCCAACGAUUGGGAACCCCAGUGGGAUUCAACAGCCACGGACGGACCAGGAAUCCACGUCCUUCUUCCUCACAGUCCACAGAAGGCAUUGAUGGAGGAGGGGGAGGGGGAAGGGGAGGGGGGAAGGAAGGGGGAGGAAAUAAAGGGAGCAACAUCCAUGUCUAGUAGCAUUUCUAUUUGCUCAAAAUAUUUUCCACAAAUCAUGAGUUAACUAAAUAACAAGAUGCCUUGGGACAAAGCUGUGAUUUUAUAGAGCAGGGGUGUCAAACUCGAUUUCAUUGAGGGCUGCAUCAGGGUUAUGUUUGACCUGGAGGGGCAGAAGGCAUAGCCACAAUGGGCAUGGCCAUCUCGACGUCACUUGUGUUGGGGGCACCUGUGGAAUCCACUUUUGCUAGUAAUUUGUUUUGCUAGCAUUCUGCCAGCGAAAACAGAGCUUGGGGGGCCCCACACAGCCCCCCUGGGCUCCAUUUUCAGCUGUGAUGGCCUCCAGUAGCCCUCUGCCAGCGAAAAGGGCAGGGGUGAAAUCCAGCAGGUUCUGACAGGUUCUGGAGAACCGGUAGCGGAAAUUUUGAGCAGUUCGGAGAACCGGUAGCAGAAAUUUUGAGUAGUUCGGAGAACUGGCAAAUACCACCUCUGGCUGGCCCCAGAGUGGGAUGGGAAUGGAGAUUCUGCAAUACCCUCCCCCAGGAGUGGGGAGGGAAUGGGGAUUUUACAAUAUCCUUCCCCUGGAAUGGGGUGGGAAUGGAGAGUUUGCAGUAUCCUUCCCCUGCCACGCCCACCAAGCCACACUAUGCCCACCAAGCCAUGCCCACAGUACCGGUAAUAAAAAAAAUUGGAUUUCACCACUGGAAAAGGGCCACUGCGCACGGCCCUCCUGAGUUCUGUUUUCGCUGGCAGAGGCACCGUGGGCCAGUCCUUGGCUGUUUCCAGGGCAGCUCCAUGGGCCGGAUCCAGCCUGCGGGCCUUGAGUUUGACACCCCUGUUAUAGAGUAAGAUAGAGGAAACUAUCAUGUUGAGAUCUGAUCUAGUUUUAAAAAACCAGAGCUUCUUGUUCUAAAUGCCCUUGGUUUCCUUUCCAAUUGCUUUCAUUAGAAAGAUGUACAUUUCUCUACUGUUAAGAGAAAAUAGGUAAGCUAGUAAAUUUAUUUUCCAGUUCUAGAACUUAAGGUAACAGUGCUUUGCACAUUUACCUGGCAGUAAGAUAUAUUGAAACCCGAGACAUACUUCUAAAAGAAAACAUGCAUAAAAUAUACUAUUUCUAGCUGUUUCAUGUGGAGUAAUCAAGUCUAUAUGAUUUUCUUCUGACACUCUUCCCUUUUUUUAAUUGAAACAGGUAGUCUGUAAUACGUUCUCUGCAAAAUAAUACAUACAGAAGUAAUAUCAAUGUUUGGCUGCAUGAAUUAGCUUAUCAUCAUUUCAAUAUGAUAGAUUUGCCUUUUAAUCUUGUAAGAUUUCAGCUUACCAAAAAGGAAUUCCUAUUUUGACAAAGCCUAUUUUAUAUGGUUGUUGGGAGGAUAACCUUCAUUAUUCUCAAAGCCCCUUUGAGAAAAAAAUGUACGACACAAUUUAGCAACGUUAAUCAUCUUGCAGAUGAAAAUGCACGAUUAUAGGAAAAAUUUCCCAUAAUAGCAUAUUGUUCUGAAAGGGCCACUUAUAAUUGUCCUUGUGAAAUUAUGUACUGGAAAAAGCAUUCUCUGGAGCAUAAUCUUCAUAAGACCAUAAAACAGGGAUCUGAUUAAAUAUAUUCUGAAAGCAUUUAUGAAAAUAAUUUCAGUAAAAAAUAAAUAAAUAAACACAGUAAGUUAAAUGAGCUGUUCUAACAGAAAACUGGACAGCAAAAUGUACAGUAUUUAAUGGGGUGCUUCUACAAGAUUUAUAUUCUUGUAUUUCAUUGCAUGUAAGUCAAGACAGAGAGGUUGGGGAAAGGUGUAGAAGUGCAGGUCAGAUUAAGAUAUAGAAGAAUUGCAUGUAACAUAUUUCAAAAUGUAACAUGCAUAUAUGAUGCAUAUCUGGCAACUGGAUUGCUUCUGGCAGGGAGGACCAGAUAUGUUCUAUACCAGUGGUCUCAAAAUUUAGCAACUUUGAGACUUCUGGACUUCAGCUCCCAGAAUUCUGGGAACUGGGAAUUGAAGUCCACAAGCCUUAAAGUUGCUAAUUUUGGAGACCCCUGUUCUAUACUGUAGAUCAGGGGUGUCAAACUCGAUUUUCUUGAGGGCCGUAACAGGGUUGUGUUUGACCUUGGGGGGGGGCGGGGGACGUGGCCAUCUCGUCAUCACUCAUGUCGGGGUCACCUGUGGCAGCCUGAGAGCUCUGCCAGGGAAAAUGGGCUCCUGAGCUCUGUUUUCAGCUGUGACAGUGGCCUGCAACCCUCUGCCAGUGAAAACGGAGCUCAGGAGGGCCCUCACGAUCUCCGUUUUCACUGGCAGAGGCAUUGUGGGCCAGUCCUUUGCUGUUUCCAGGGUGGCCCAGCGGGCCAGAUCUAAGCACCCUGCGGCUUGGAUCUGGCCCCCGGGCCUUGAGUUUGACAUUCCCGCUGUAGAUGCUUCAUCUUAUAUUGUUCUGAUUUUCAUGGCAAGAACACUCCUUGGGUUACUCAAAACAGUGCCAAGCAAAGCUUUGUAAAACACUUGUAUCUUUAACUCCUGAAAUCACCCACGCUUUGGGUAUUGAGGUAUUGAGUGGGAAACUGUUCACAUGGCUUAUUAUGCUUGCUUUUAAGUUAUAUCUUCCUGUUCUUUUUAACAACCCUCACAAUAAUAGAGUUUCACAUAAAAGAGUACUAUGAAAACCAAAGGUUUGCAUUCAUAUGGUAAUAGCUUAUAUUUCUGUAACAUGUUGUUACUUCAUAACAAACUUCAUUUUGAAGUGCAUUCAGAUUUCAUGGAUAGCCAUGCGUGUUGACAAUGUACACAUACAUUUAAAGUAUGACAGCAAAGAAGCUUGAGUAUCUGCUAUUUUGCACACUAUAUAUAUAUAUGGUUCCAAAGUGCCAAUAUAUUUCUAGGAUAAUGUUGCCUUAGAAAAGAAUAUAAAUGUUAAUUUUGAACAUUUCAGAGAAUGGUAAAAAUGUACCAAUGAACAACUUCCUGACCAAUAAAGAUUUUGUGUGUUUUGAAGUUGUUUGAGUGGCUAAAAGGGAGGGGGAAGUGGGCUUUGCAUCCAUUUCAAAGGAAGGGAUAUUUUUUUACUCUGCUCUUAAAUGCCAUCCAACUAAUUGUGAAAUAAAAUAAAAGAUUUAUAAUCCAGUAUUUUUAUUUGCUUUAAUAUUUCUGGUUAUGGGACUUUGCAUUUUACUGUUUACAAUCUAAAUCAUAAGGAUGACUUCCUUUCUAUGGUCAUUUUGGGAAGCUACACAGAAACUUUAAAUGAAAACGGAUGUUACUAGUC